UAUGUUCCAUGUUUUAUAUAUCACAAUAGCAGACACAUUUGAUUUGGAACUAAUAAAAGGAUGAAUAUAGAAUAUUCACAAAAUAUGUAUUCAAAUUAAUAAAUGAAAAUAUCUGUCCAAAUGAGAAUUGUGUAAUUGAGCGUGGAGAGAACUAUGGGUUGCAGAUAGACAGCCACUAUAAAAUCUAAUUAAAUUUGUUUGGUAAGAGCUAUCUGGAAGAACUGAUUCUGAUCUGAAGACCUGAGGAGGAACAUUACCCGAACUGUUUGCUUAAGAUCUAAAACAACUUCCUGUUAAGAUGAUACACACAUUCUGCCCACACAAAUAUAUGCAGAACUGUUCAUGUAAUGAAAACUUAAACAGUUCCUCAUAUGCACUGCCAUGUGCUGUUUUUCGGUGAUUAACUCUUACAGCUUCAAUCAUAUGUUCUGUUUUUACCAUCACUAAGCUUUUACAGAACAAGCUGACACAAAUGCAUUAUACGCCCACCAGUGACCUUAUAUCAGACACAUUCUUCCCAUUUAGCAAGAGUCAUGCCUUUUCUGCAGUAUUUCAUCACACAACUUGCACUAUUAAUCUUUAACUAUAAAUGAGGUGUGUCUUCUCCCACAUUCAUAAGUGAUAAUCAUAAACAGGGUCUUAAAACAAGCAAGCAUCACAAUCAAAAUAAGCAUGCUAGGUCUCAGGUUUGUGAAAGCGUAACAUUGACAGAUUUAUAAAAUGAAAGGGUUAAGUAACUCGUUCAUAAUAAGAUUAACUGGUUCCGGAAACUGUUCCCUAUUGACCCAUGUAUGGAUCCUUUUAUGUUUAUCACUGUCUUUAUGAUUAAUAAAUAACUUAUCAACAAGAGAUUGGGCGUGGAUUUUGUCUCCUGAGGAGAGGUCCUGCGCUGGAUAUAUUUAGAGGACAACAUACCCUCAUUGAGUCAUAUGGUUUUCUAGGUGGAAUUUGUUGGUUUUCCAUCGUUUACUUUGUUUUGUUAAUACUGAAGUGUUUUUCCAUUCUAGAGACAUGUCAUAAGACAAGAUAUCAUGCAUACAUUUAAGAAAUACCUGCCUGUGACUAUUUACAUAUGGAUUUUUGGCUCCUCUCUCAUAUGUUCAGGCUCGAGCCUAUGGGGGAAGAAGAUGGUCUUUUCAACCCAAUGUGUUUGGCAGCUGAAUAAAAAUGUUAUCAUCCCACCUUUAGAGGAACUGAGUGUUUGUGUCAACCUCAUGAAAAAGUAUAUUACUUAUGAAUGGACUGCUUUUGACUACAAAGGUCCAGGGCAACAGCACAUGGAGCUUGGCUUGGCUGGAAAUGGUGGAAAUUUAAAAGCCUCCCUUUUUGGAAAAGAAUGGAUAGUUGCAUAUGACCUUCACAUAAACAAUUGGUACACAGUUUGUCUGACAUGGUCGAGUCACACUAGGCUUUUCCAGAUGAUUGUUAAUCAAGCCAUUUUCGAAUUUCAUUUGAAUGAAACAUCACCCAGGUUCCUUGCCGCAAAUGGUACCUUGACUUUGGGAGUGUCACAUAGCUUUGUUGGAGGUGCUAUUGUAUUUGAGACCGGGAAAAACUUCCUUGGAGAUAUGUCCUUGUUCCGAAUGUGGGGAGUGCAGCUGAGUCCAUUGCAGCUGGAUGAAUUCAAAUGUGUAGAUGGGAACAUUAUGACUUGGAGAACACAGGACUGGGAUAAUCAGAAGUGCCCAGCAAUAGAGGACAACAGCUUGAAGUGUGUAUCGUCAAAAUAUAAAAUUCAGAUGAACACAUCUAUUACGCAAAAUACCAAUGAUGACAAUGCUGAGAAUGAUGUCCAGGAGAUUGUUCUACACUGGCUAAAGCACAUUUUCCCUUGGAAAAUAUCAGUGCAUUCUAUGUUCCUGUCAAAUUUAAGCCCUCAAACAGAAGCUGGUUUACCUGGACAAAAUAAGGAGAACAUUCAGGAUCAUGGAAUGCCAACAAUCAAGACACAAUGGUUUGAUUGUGUGGUGUUUGUGAAAGUGAUACCUGAAGAUGAUGUGGGUAAAACAGUAUCUGAGAUACAGGGGCUGCUAAUACCCAUCUAUAACUACAGCGAAAACAUCUCCCUGAUAACAAACCCAGAUUCUAUAAACAUCCUCUCAGUAGCUGUAUUACCAAAUGUGACUUUGAAUCCUGCUGUAACUGCACCAGUCUUGUCUCAAACCACAAAGAGUCCCGACAUAGGAAGUGCAAAUAUUACAAUAUCAGUAUCUCGCACAUCAUUACAAACACGGGCCAUGGAAAAUAUCUGUUCAGCCACUUCAGGCUUAACUUCGCACAGAGAUUUUGAAGACAUUUUUUAUAGAGUCUAUCUCAACCUAACAAUGAGUGGCAGUAUCACAGACCCUAAACAGGCUAUACAACAAUGGCUUCAGGAAACACUGCAAAAAUGCAAAAUGGACGUUUUGAAUCUUGUGCUAAAAGGAGCUCCUAAGUACAUCACUACUUUUCAGGUUCAGUCAUCGGCAUCAGUCAAUGCCACAGCAGCAGAGAGGCUAAUUUUUGAACUCUUAACAAAAGGAUACACCAAUGCUACCAUCAGUAUCAGUGUCCCGACUGGAGAAGUCAAAGUCAACCAUAUAGAUCCAGGCCAUUGUCCAGAAGAGUUCAUGCUCACAGUGUAUGGUAUAUACACGUGGCCUGCCAUGACGGCUCAAAGCCAAUAUGACAUGGGGUGUGAGCAAGGGGAUGAAAGUGCUACAAGGUUUUGUAAAUUAAACGGGGCAACUGACAGAGCAGUUUGGGAUCCUCCAGACAUGAGCAAGUGUAUAAGGACAGUAGAUUUUGAUUAUUUGGAAAAUAUCACCGUUACAGCUGACAACUCAGCAGACAUUGUGGACAUGAUUGGGGAUCUGUUAAGGGAACAAAAUGGUCUGAAUGGUGCUCAGCUGCACAUUGUGCUUGAAAAGCUGUCUAAGGUCACUGAGGUUGGAACCUUGACCAAAGACCUAUCCAGCAGCAUUACUAACAUUGUUUCAGAUAUCUGUAAUAUCAAAACUGAUCUCACCCAAGUCACUAACAAAAUUCUUUAUAUUACAGACCUUAUGGGAGACAGGACGGUGUUCACAGGAGAUGCUCAUAACAUGACAGCACCUUCAUUAGCACUGCAGCUGAUCAAUCCUGACACCUCUCAGUUCCACGGCCUCACAUUUGAAGUGUCCUCCAUACAGAAUGAUAGCAUCCCUGAGAUAUUUUAUGAUGAGAACUUUACAGAGCAUCCAGACACAGGAACUUUAGCUUUCAUAUCCUUACCUCCGGCAAUUGAAAGCUUUUUCCCAAACAAUGGAGCCAGGCCUCGGGUUCAGUUCCAUUUUUAUGGCAAAGAAAAAUUCUUUGAGGACCCUACAAUCAACAUGGCGCUGAACUCUUAUGUGGUGUCUGCCAGUGUCACCAAUGCCACAGUGAGCCACCUUGAGAUCCCAGUGAUGGUCACUCUCCGCCAUCUCGAAAACAAAGAGGACCAGGACACUGCCAAGUGUGUCUACUGGGACUUCAACAAAAACAAUGAGAAAGGUGGAUGGAACAAUACAGGAUGUGAGACAAUGAAGUCUAAUGCCACUCAUACGUCCUGUUCCUGUGAUCACCUCACACAUUUUGGAGUUCUUCUUGAUAUCUCUAAAACUCCAAUAAACCCGAAAGAUGAAAGGAUUCUGACUGUCAUCUCAUACCUGGGCAGUGGCAUAUCCUCCAUCUUUCUUGGAGUCACACUUUUGACCUAUUUGUCCUUUGAGAAACUGAGGCGAGACUACCCUUCGAAGAUCCUUAUUAACCUCUCCGUGGCCUUGCUAGGGUUGAACAUGUUGUUCCUGGUGAACUCCUGGUUUGCCUCUUUUAACAGCAAUGCCCUUUGCAUUACUGUAGCCGCCUUUCUACAUUACUUCUUUCUGGCUACCUUUACUUGGAUGGGACUGGGUGCAAUCAACAUGUAUCUGGCCUUGGUCAAGGUCUUUAAUUCAUAUGUGCCAUCAUACAUCCUCAAAUUCUGUGCUCUUGGAUGGGGUUUACCUCUGCUGGUUGUAAGUUUAGUGCUUGCCAUUGAUGUAAAUUCAUAUGGUGCUGGCCUCUCCAGAGCACCUCUCCAAGAAGAACCCACUGCAUUUUGCUGGUUAAGGAAUGAUGUGACCUUUUAUGUGACGGUGGUUUCGUUUGUGACCCUGAUCAUGGUCUGUAAUAUCUGCAUGUUUGCCGUGGUGCUGGUACAGAUCCGUAAAAUGCAUGUCAAUAAGCCCGCCAGCAACAGAAAAGGGUUUCUGCAUGACCUGCGAGUGGUGGCCAGCCUCACCUUCCUGCUGGGACUUACCUGGACGCUAGCCUUUGUAGCCUGGGGUCCAGCCAAAACACCCCUGCUGUACCUGUUCUCCCUCCUCAACAGUCUUCAAGGUUUCUUUAUCUUCCUGUUUUAUUGUCUGAUGAAAGACAACGUAAGGAAGCAGUGGAGGAUACAUCUCUGCUGUGGAAGAUUCAGACGGAAUGAAUACUCAGACUGGAGUCGUUCUGUGACGGCGGGGGCCAAAGCGAAAGAUGGUCAACACGUCUCCUCACCAUCCAUGAAGUCUGAGACUACCAGUGAAAGGAAGAUCUCUGAUACCUCAAACUCAGGGGCCAGUCAUGAUGGUGUCUUUCUCACACAGGACAGAAAACAAUAAAUAAGGGAAGAUGAA